UUGGCUGUGAAAGAAGUUCUCUUUUAGCAUGCAGAAUUUUAGUUUUGUGUUGGAUGUGCAAUGGAAUCAGCGUAUGAUGAACAUAAAACGAUUAGGCUAUUCUCGAGAGCUAGUGAAUGUAAAUGCGGAUUGGAACGUCGAUCCUUGCAAGUAUUAUUUUCCGUCAGAGAUUUGGGGGACUAGACCCAUAUGGGAGAUGGUACUGAAGAUCAUCAGUGUAUUACCUAUAUUCGUCAUAGGCACGUUGGCAAACAUAAGUUUGAUUUAUGUUAUUGUUCGAGUGAAGGCCCUGCAAAGUACAACCAACUUACUAAUCGUUAACAUGUCGAUUGCUGAUCUCGCUACGUGUCUCAUUUGUCCGUGGAUGUUUCUCUGCACUGAUUUAUAUCAGAGAUAUAUUAUGGGCUCAAUUGGUUGCCGACUGGAUGGCAUGUUGGUGCACGCGUUAACGUUGGUCGCUGUGUUUAAUCUCAGCGUAGUUAGCUACGAUCGAGUAUCCGCUAUUGUCUUUAAUUGUUCUGGAAAGUUGACGGAAAGGUAGUUAUAAUUGACCUUAUAUCUUGAAGCCUUUAUGUUAUCAAUUGAAUUGAGAGAAUGUUAAGAAAAUUCGUUAUUUUCCCUCACUUACAAGGAAUCCUACGUAGGUGAUUACCUUCGAUUUGAAUGAGCUUGAAAUAUGUUGUAAUCUACACCAAAAGAGGAGACAUGUAUUUUUUUUAUACGUACCCAGGCGGACUUUUAGGUAGCAAAACAUCUUUUUGAAAAAAAUCGGUUUUUUUCUUUAGGAGCAUGUUUC